AUGUCGGCUGCGACGCGGUUGACGUUCCUGUAUCCGCAUCUGCUGCGGGCAGCUUCGAGGGCCCAACCGCAGCAAUGGUCUGCGACCGCGGGCAACCGCGCCACCUGGGCCGCCGUCAACUCGAAACGGUCUGCGCAUGUCAUGCGACGGGGCAAGAGCUCGUUUGCGCCGAGGCAUGGAAAAGGCGUGGCGCCAGAGGAAUGGGACGAGCAGCAAAAGGAAAAGGACGAAGCAGGUACUGCCGCUGCCCAGCUCGACAGCGCUGCCGUUGCCGAGGACAGCGCUGCCGUCGCCGAGAAGAAAACUGCGGAAAUUAAUCAGGAUGCCGCUGGAAAUGAGCAACCUGCGCAGGCCGACACGGUGGCCAAGAGGCCACCAGGGACAGCGGCGCCAAAGACAGGGAGCGAAGAGGGCGGUGCACCUCCUGACGUGAUCCUGGCGGCGGCGCCCCAAGCACCGCCAGCAGAGGACACGACACCGACGAUGAGCGAGACCAAGAAUGACAGUGGCGAAUCGACGAAACAAUCACAGACCUCAACGAGCACCAGAGAACCCACGGCCGAGGAGACCAAGGCUGCGCAGGCCAAGGAGGCGGCGAAAUCGAGCGGGCCUCUCGAGGCUGUCCUGCACAUGCAGCCGCCGGAGCACAUUGCGCAGCAGCAUCCCUCCAUGUCGCCGCCGCCGUAUGAGCAUCAUUUCGACAGCUACUCGCUCGUGAAGCAGCUCGAGGAGGGCGGGUACACGACGCAGCAGGCGGUGAUCUCGAUGAAGGCCAUCCGAAAGUUGCUGGCAAAGAACUUGCACGUGGCGCAGCAGAGCCUCGUGAGCAAAAGCGACGUUGAGAACGAGACGUACUUAUUUUCAGCCGCCUGCUCGGAGCUCAACACCGAGGUCAAGAAUAACAGGCGCAUCGCGGAAGAGGAACUGCGUCAGCAGCGGACACAUCUUCAGCAUGAAGUGGACAUUUUGACGCAGUCGCUCAAUCAAGAGGUUGCGACGCUGAACGACACAGUGAAGGGCAUGUACAACGAUCGCAAGCAGGCUGUGCGCGAGGAACAAAAGGCCAUGGACAGUGCUAUUCAAAAGAUUAGCUACAAGAUUAGCAUCGACCUGACGUCUGACGCCAAGACGGAGAUCGAGGGUGUCCGAUGGGUGCUCAUCUGGCGCUCGGUUCUCGGCAUCAUCUUCAUGGCGUUCCUCACCCUGGGCACGCUGCGCCUCGCCACGUACGAGAAGCAGCGCAAGCAGGAAGAGGAGCGCGUGCGCAAGGCGGAAGAGGCUCAGCGACGCGCCGAGGAGGCCAAGCAGCGUCGCGAGGAGGACCGGCAGCGACGCAGGGAGGAGGACCGGCGCCGCAAGGAGGAGGAGGACGCCCGCAAGGAGGAGGAGAAGCGCCGGCGGGAGGCGCAGGAGCUGCAGCGCCAGGAGGACGAGGAGGAGCUCCGGCGCUCCGGCCCACGUGGCAGUGCCGGCGACGGCAGCCCGGCGGCCGAGGCAGUAGACGAUGUAGAAAGCUUGUCGGCCAAUUAG